CCUCUCUGACAGCUCGCGUCUGCUAUAGCCAUGCUGGAGAUUGUGCUGGCAGUUGCCCUGUGUCUGGGGUCUGCAUCUGCAGCUACCCUGGGAGUGGUGCACACCGAGGGAGGCAUGGUAGAGGGGACAAACCACCGUCUGGGACUGUCUCGCUACAUGGACGUGUUCAAGGGGGUCCCCUUCGCGGCUCAACCGGGACGCUUCGAGAAGCCCCAGCCCCACCCUGGCUGGCAAGGAGUGCUGAAGGCCACAGAGUUUCGGAAGAGGUGUCUGCAGGUGACUCUCACCCAGACUGAUACCAGAGGCAGCGAGGACUGUCUUUACCUGAACAUCUGGGUCCCUCAGGGCCGAUCUGUGUCCACCCAUCUGCCCGUCAUGGUCUACAUCUUUGGCGGCGGUUUCCUGGUCGGGGGGUCCAUGGGCGCCAACUUCCUGGACAACUACCUGUACAGCGGGGAGGAGAUCGCAGACAGGGGCAACGUCAUCGUGGUGACGGUCGGCUACCGCGUGGGAACCCUGGGCUUCCUCAGCAGCGGUGACUCCAGUGGGCCAGGGAACUACGGGCUGUGGGACCAGCACGCUGGCAUCGCCUGGGUGCACAGGAACAUCAAGGCCUUCGGAGGGGACCCUGACAACAUCACGGUGUUCGGAGAGUCGGCUGGGGCUGCCAGCGUUAACUUCCAGAUUCUCUCUCCAAAGAACAAGGGGCUGAUUCGCAGAGGUAUCUCUCAGAGCGGGGUGGCCCUCAGCCCCUGGGCCGUCAACAGGAACCCCCGUGCCUUGGCGGAAGAGAUUGCUGUAAAGGUGGGCUGUCCCACAGAUGAGAAGAUGAUGCCCUGCCUGAAGAUCACAGACCCUGUGGCUCUCACUCUGGCUGGGUCCCUCAGCCUGCACGGCUCUCCCACCAACCCGCUCGUCUUCAACCUGCUCCUCGCCCCUGUCAUUGACGGGGACUUCCUGCCCGACGAUCCCAGCAACCUGUUCCACAACGCCGCGGACAUUGACUACAUCGCCGGGGUCAACAACAUGGACGGCCACAUCUUCACCGGCCUCGACGUCCCUUCCAUCAACCAGCCCCUGCAGCCCACCCCGCCAUCGGUGGUGCAGGACCUGCUGACUGCCCUGACCAGGGAGAAGGGGGAGCAGGCGGCUGCCAGUGCCUACGCUGAGUACACCAUUAGCUGGGGGCCUGAUCCCAGCAAGGCCACCAUCAAGCAGACCGUCGCGGAGAUCGAGACCGACUACAUCUUCCUGGUGCCCACGCAGGCCGCCCUGUACCUGCACGCUAACAACUCCAGGACCGCACGCACCUACUCCUACGUCUUCUCCGUGCCCUCACGUAUCCCAGGAUUCCCCAGCUGGAUGGGGGCCGACCACGCUGAGGACCUGCAGUACGUUUUUGGGAAGCCCUUCACCACGCCCCUGGCUUACUUCCCCCGGCACCGCGAUGUCUCUGGUUACAUGAUCGCCUACUGGACCAACUUCGCUAGAACUGGUGACCCCAACAAAGGUGAGUCUAAGGUCCCCGCCACCUGGCCUGCCUUCACCAGCUCAGGGCACCAUUACCUGGAGAUCAACACCAAGAUCAACCACGACUCCAUCAAGCACAAGCUCAGGUCUCGUUUCGUGCACUACUGGACUGUCACCUACGCUAGGCUGCCUUCACUCGCCGAUGCAGCAGAGUAGCCGGUCUGGCGCGGAAAUUCCGGAGCCCCUCCAGGGAACGUUCCAUUCCUCUACUGUGACAUCAUGCUCCAGAACCCAAUCAGAAGCCGCCAUGUGAGGCCUAUGCAUUUGGCUUGAGAGCACCAGCGCUGAUUGUGCAGAGGUGAUGGAG